CAAAUAGAAUCCUCUCUCCUUUUAAAUAAACCCUUUUAGAGAAAGCAAGAGCUAGAGUGAGAGUCUUCACGGUACCAAUAAUGAAACCCAAAAAGGUGGUAGUUUGAGAGGCAGAGAUAAUAGUGAAAAGGGUGGAAUCUAUUCGAAACCAGAACCACCCACCAAAACAAAUUUCAUUCCAACUUUGGACUGAGGUUUUGGAAUCUCUCUAUGUUUGGUCUAUGGCAUGCCUUGAGAAGAAGCAUUGCAUCCCAGAAACCACUGUUGGUUUUGUCUCAAUCGACGCUACCUUCUUUGAAAUGGUACAAAUUACCACAUUCUACCCACAUCAUUUCUUAAAAUGGAAUGGUCUUUUGCAUUUGAUUCUCCUCUCAAAUCAAUGGGGUUCUCUUCUUUCUUCCUCAGGUUCCUUUUCCUUUUCUUCAUCAUCUUUCCCAAUGUUUUAACGGUGCGGGGAUUCACGGGAACAUAUGGAGUGAAUUAUGGCAGGGUUGCAGACAACCUCCCUCGACCUGAAAGUGUAGCGACACUGCUGAAGGCAGCAAAGAUUAAGAAUAUCAGAAUUUAUGAUGCUGAUCAUGAAGUCCUCACGGCUUUCAAUGGUUCUGGCAUCGAAAUAAUGGUGUGUGUGCCAAAUGAGUUACUGAUAGAGAUGAGCGUGAACGAGGCUCGUGCCAUGGAUUGGGUGAAAGAAAAUGUGGAGCCAUUCCUCCCCCAAACAAAAAUUACUGGGAUUUCAAUGGGGAAUGAGAUUCUGGGGGUUGUUAGUCCAGAUGUCUGGGAGGCUUUGCUGAGUGCUACAAAAAAUGUUUACAAUGCCCUUGACCGACUCGGCCUAACUAAAGUAGUUAAGGUCUCAACCCCCCAUUCUGAGGCUGUAUUCGAUCAUUCCUUCCCUCCAUCUGCAUGUGUUUUUAGGGAUAAUAUUCUUCCAUACAUGAAACCACUUCUGCAAUUCUUUUCGCAGAUUGGUUCUCCUUUCUAUAUCAAUGCUUACCCAUUCCUUGCCUAUAAGAGUGAUCCUGAACAUAUUGACAUUAAGUAUGCCCUUUUCCAAAAGAAUUCUGGGAUUUAUGAUGCCAAAACUAAAUUGCAUUACGACAACAUGUUUAUGGCUCAAAUUGAUGCUGCUUAUUUUGCUUUGGAGAAAGUUGGUUUUGGGAAGAUGGAUGUCAUUGUUUCAGAAACUGGUUGGGCUUCUAAUGGGGAUGAAACUGAUGCAGGGGCUUCACUAAAAAAUGCGAAGACUUACAAUUAUAAUCUGAAAAAGCUGUUAGCAAAAAAGAAGGGGACCCCCUACAGACCUAAAAAAGUUAUUAAGGCAUAUAUUUUUGCCUUGUUUAAUGAGAACAAGAAGUUCGGGCCGCUCUCUGAGAGAAAUUUUGGACUGUUUAAAGCUGAUGGGAGCAUUGCAUAUGAUAUUGGGUUUACUGGACUUGUACCUUCCUCCGCAGCAUCAUCUCGUCUCUCCUCAAAGGAUAUUGGUCUGCGAGGCUGGUUUGGGUCAUGCUACUCGUUGCUUCUCACGACUUGUGCUUCAGUUCUGCUUUUGAUUUUGAUGUCUUGACUGGCUAUAGCUUCAAGCUCUCAUUACCUCUUCCUAUUGAUGCAGAAUUAGUUCAUAGAAGCACUCUGACAUUCUUAAAUGUGUACAAAUCAUUGUAAAGGAACAAACUGUUGAUUCAUUAUUAUUAUUAUUACUGUAUUUAACAACACGACUGGAAAUUGUUAAUAUGUUUUUGAAAUUGUUUAAGCAAUGUAAUGCAUUCUUUGUCAGAA